CUUCCAAGAGCCGGCGGCCCGGGCGCGGUGGCGAUGGCGGGGCUGGCGGGGGACAGCCCGGGGGCCGCCGGGCCCCUCACCUUGAGCGCGCUGAGGGGCUACCGCGCCUACGCACGCCGCUGGGUCUUCCUGCUGGUGAUCAGCCUGCUGAGCUGCUCCAACGCCACGCUGUGGCUCAGCUUUGCACCCGUGGCUGACACGAUUGCCCAGCACUUUGGCCUCUCCACCGAACAGAUCAACUGGCUCUCGCUGGUCUACCUUGUGGCAUCCAUCCCGUUCGGCGUGGUGGCCGUCUGGGUUCUGGACUCUGUUGGGCUCCGCUGGGCAAUCCUCCUAAGCGCAUGGCUGAACUUUGCGGGGAGUGUGAUCCGCUCCCUGCCCUGCAUGCUCACCACCAUCCACGACCCCUUUGCCUUCCUCCUGGGGGGGCAGAGCCUCUGCGCCCUGGCCCAGACUCUGGUCAUCUUCUCUCCAGCCAAGCUGGCCGCUCUGUGGUUCCCUGAGCACCAGCGAGCCACAGCCAACAUGAUUGGCACCAUGUCAAACCCUCUGGGCCUCCUGGUGGCCAACCUGCUGUCUCCCGCUCUGGUGAAGAAGGAGGAGGACAUUCCCGUGAUGCUGGGCAUCUACACCAUUCCUGCUGGCCUCGCCUUCUUGCUGGCCACGGCAUGCCUCUGGGAGAGCGCGCCCCCCACCCCACCCUCUGCUGGAGCUGCCCAUUCCACCUCUGAGAAGUUCCUAGACGGCCUGAAGCUGCUGGCAAGGAACAAGGCCUACAUCAUCCUGGCCGUGUGCUUUGGGGGCGGCAUUGGCAUCUUCUCCAGCUUCUCGGCCCUCCUGGAGCAGGUCCUCUGUGUGAACGGCUAUUCCAACGAAUUUGCGGGCCUCUGCGGGGCUCUCUUCAUUGUGUUUGGGGUCCUGGGGGCCCUGGCUCUUGGCCUGUACGUGGACCGAACCAAGCAUUUCACGGGAGCCAUCAAGAUCGGCCUGUGCCUGACAUCUCUGGUCUGUGUGGCCUUUGCCCUGGUGUCCCAGCUGCAGGGACAGACUGUUGCGCUGGCUGCCAUCUGCUCGCUGUUUGGGUUCUUUGGCUUCGCGGUGGCACCUGUCGCCAUGGAGCUGGCCGUGGAGUGCUCUUUCCCUGUGGGUGAAGGUGCAGCCGCAGGCCUGCUCUUCGUGCUGGGGCAGGCCGAGGGUGUGCUCAUCAUGAUGCUGCUGGCUGCCCUGACCGUGCGCCGCGCAGAGCCGUCCUUCUCCACCUGCCAGGACGGCCAGGACCCACUGGACUGGAAGGUGUCCAUGCUGCUGAUGGCCGGCCUGUGCGUCCUCUUCAGCUGCCUCAUGGUGCUCUUCUUCCACACCCCGUACCGGCGCCUGCAGGCUGAGGCUGACGCAAACCCCUCCAUCCAGGAGGACACGUGCCCGGCAACCUCAGAGCCCUCGGGCCACGCGCCUCACCCAGCAGCCACCCUCUGAGGCCCUGUCCGGGCAGCCCCAGCCCCAGCCCAGCCCCAGCACGGAUGCCGCAGGAAGUCGAAGCAGCUCCUUCCUGGAGCCAACGCUCCUGCUCCUGCUCUCUUCCAGAGAGCCCGCAGAGACAUCGCAGGGGCCUGCAGAGGGCCAGAGGCCAGGGAGCAGUUAGCGUGUCCAGAAGGGGGCCUGGGAAUGUGAAGGGGCGGCCAGCAGAGGCAGGAUGGCCCAUUGGACACCCCGUGGCUAUUAGCAAGAAGAGCUGCCGCCGUGUAGACAAGAGGCCACUGACAAGUUGGGAUGUGCCCGUAGCCAGGCCAGACCUUGGUGGUGGCGCAGGGGCUGUGGUGGGGAGGCUGGCCUGGCAUGAGGGGCACAGGCUGAGGGAAACCGGGUGGGUUGGGGAUCCCGAGGGUCCCGGAUGGCUGAGUCCGGAGUGGACAGGUGUGGGGCAGGCCUGCCUCGAAGGAGCCCAUCCCAGAGCCACUCUCCAGCUCUUCUGACCACUGAAUGACCAGACACCCAGCCGGUGCUAGCACAGGUGGGGCCAGGAUGGGCUGGAGGGGAGGCCAGGGGUGGGCCCCAGGAGACACCUACUCCCCCAGCAGAGAUACUCACAGGCAGGUUUGUGGAUUCACAUUUAUUGAACUGACCACAGCCUGGUGGGGGUGCCCCUCACUCCUUCUCCUCCCCAUGGGUGAGCAUGUAGCUCAAAGCCCUGUAGUCCAGGUUUCCUGCGGCAUCAGCGGUGGAGAACUGGAACAUCUGGUCAACCUAGGAGUUUGGCAGUGGAGUGUCGGGCCCAGGCAGGAGUGGGAGGGAGUGGGAGGGUCCCCAAGGCCACAGCUAGCGGGCGAAUUACAUGCACUGGCUAUAA